AAUCCAAAUCCGCAUGGGCGCUUUCGGGGCUGCGUUUGUUCGUCGAGUACUUGAUACCCUCGCCAAGAAAUGGUUAAAAAGGACUGUGUCGAGUAUUUCCUCGGGCGGAUCGGCAAGCUCGAAAGCCAGAUACGGAACAACGAACACCUCACAGCGUUGCACAACAACGUUUCCCUCCUCAAGUCGCUCCACGAGUCAGCAGUGAGCGUCGAAACCGACGUACGAUGGACGCUUUCCGAACUGUCGCUGAUGCUCAGCGAACUCAGAGUCAGCGCUGGAGAUACCGAAGAGGACACCGUUCAGCUGGACUACGAUCUGGUGCAAGCCAGGAUCAAGUCGGCAAACUCGUCCAAGUGUUGCUGCGAGUGCCACAGGCAAGGGGCUGCCGACUCGUUAACUUCGGUUGAAGCUCGGAAGGAAGACGCUGCUUCCAACGGCGAUGAGACCACAGCUGGUUGUGCGGAAGACUGGAUGCCUCCUGAAGGAUCCGACGUAACUGUGGCGGACCUCGUGAAGAAGGCGGCCGAAGAAGCUGUUGCCAACACAGACUAUGUGUACAGCGAGGAGUACAAGAUGUACUACAGCGUGUCUACCGGAUACUACUACGACCCCGCUACCCAGCUCCUGUACGAGCCAACUUCCGGCAAGUACUAUCGCUACGACGCAAGCACAGGCAAUUACCACCUACACUCGCAAGUGAAACCCACCAAAAAGAAAUCCAGGGCAGAACGCAAGGAACGACGCAAGCAGAGGAAAAAGCGGAACGGUUCUUCCGCGUCUGAAGAGUCGAGGGAGGAGGGUGAGCUCCAGGGUACUUCCGAAGACGGCAGCUCGGAGAGCUCGGCGGAGAGCGUGGAUCCGUCCGAUCCGCCGGACCCCGCGAAGGAGCUGCCGCCGUGCAUCCGGUUCGUGGUAAAGGCGUCGGAACAGCUCCGCGAACAUCGCCUGCUUCUCGUGUCCUUUCCGGGCGCCACCGUGGGGCGCCGGUCAAGUCACGGACUCCAUCUUCCGGACGACGGAGUCGACAAGGACCACGCCGAGUUGCGGUUUUGUGAAGACCGUGGUGGCUACCUUGUCAAAGACCUGAAAAGCAAAUCUGGCACAAAGCUCAACGGAGUCAUGCUGGAACCGACCGAGGAGAGUCCCCUGGGGCACCUGGACAUCCUGGAAGUGGGGCCCGUCCAGCUGGAAGCCCACAUCCACCCCGGGUCCCACACGUGCGGCCACUGCGAGCCUGGCCUCCUCUCCCCGGUUGCCCUCCCCCAACCUCCUGCCGCCGACACCGAGACGGGCCGGGGCGGUUCGUCGGAGGCCCAGCGAAGGGCCGUCCUGAAAAGGCUCAAGAAGAAGUACGCCCUCAAGGGGGCCGAGUACCAAGUGAGGAAGGCUGUGAGCGCCGGCUACCAAGACCGUGCCGACACGCGGCGGAAGGUCGUCGGAAGCAGUUUUCCCCACGAACGUGACGCGGAGCCUGCGUCUGCAAACAGGCCUCUCAACCAGGACAAUGUGGGUUUCCGCAUGCUUCACAAGAUGGGUUGGAAGGAAGGCUCUGGACUGGGCAAGGGAGAGCAAGGCACCACAGAACCCGUCCCCGUAGAGCAGAGAGCUUCACGGAGCGGCCUCGGAUCGACCAGUCCGGGGAAGGAAAACCCCAAGGCCCAGAUUUGGAAGAAGACCCGCGAGCGCUACAAGGCCCUCCAAGGCCCAGCAGAAGACGAGGAGAAUGGAAACUAGGCCCCCCUCCCCCGACUCCUCAUCUUGUUUUUAGCCUUUUUACCUAUUUUGCGACUGCAGAAAUAAAAUUGUUGCCCUCGUAUUGAGGGGAUGCUUUGUUGGGA